AUGCCCAAAAAUCUCAAGAAUUGUCUUUUGUCAAUCAAAAAUGCUAACUUCAAAUCAACAACGUUGAAAAAUGCACCAUUCAUAUUCAAGAACAAUUUGAAAAGUUUUCAAAUAAAUAAUAACGACUCAUGGCUAAUAACUGGUCCAUCAAAAACUUUGAUGUUGAAGAUCAUUGCUGGGGAGUUCAUAUCAUUUCCUGCUUUAUCUAGGACUUAUUCAAAUAUAACUGAACUAUCUACUCAAAUACUGUUUUUAAGUUUCAAAGAUAAAUCUGGUUUAGAUACAGUUCACAUGUCGGCGAGGUACGAAUCUUACUCAUACAAAGGUGUUUUAGAAAUGUCUGAUGAUGUUAAUUCUGUCUUUAAUUACAUUACAGGACUCAGCAAUUAUAAUACUAAAAACAAAACUAUAGAUUCUGAGUAUAUUGAAAAAUUAUUGAAUCUUUUUAAUUUGAAUCAUUUACAGAAAAAAUGGAUUAAUUCAUUGAGUAACGGUCAAUUAAGAAGAGCUAGAAUUGCUAAAGCAUUAAUGACAAAACCAAAAUUGUUAAUCAUUGAUGAUCCAUUUUUGGGCUUAGAUCCAUCAAAUACGGAAAAAGUAAGUGAAGCUCUACAUAAAGUGAACGAGCACUUGUCUAUCUCAAUUGUCAUUGGAUUAAGAGAACAAGAUGCUAUUCCGAAAUGGAUAAAAAAUACAGCAUAUGCGGACGAAGAAGGGAUCAAGAAUUACGAAGGUAGUAAAAAAGACAUUAAACAAGAUCGAUCUGUGAGUUUGACUUUAAUUGAUAACAAUGAGUUUAAUGGUCCAAAUCAUAUCGAAUUCGCUAAUGCAAAAGUUGCUUACAAGGAUUUAGUGAUAUUUAAAGAUUUUGAUUGGAAAAUACCAAAAGGUUCCAAAUGGAGAAUAAUGGGUGACAAUGGAACAGGCAAAACAACCUUAUUGUCAUUAAUUACGGCUGAUCAUCCUCAAAGUUGGAGGUCAGUAUUGAAAAUAAACAACAAAUUGAGGAAAACGGGAAGUGGGAUUACUUUUUUUGAUGUUAAUAAUGAAAUUGGUAUGUCAUCUCCUGAAUUACAUACAUUAGUUCCACAACAUAAAACUAUGCUAGAUAUUAUAUAUAAUGGGUUAGUUCCAAAUAUUGGGAACUCAAAUUAUUUAUUUCAACCAAAAGUGAAGUCAAAGAACUUUGAGAUAUUUGAUCGAUUCAAAGAUAGAAUUGAACAGUAUGGAAACACCAAAUUUGUUGACUUGUCAAUGACUGACCAAAAGUUAGCUUUGUUUUUAAGAGCAUUGAUCAAGGAACCAGAAAUCUUGAUUCUAGAUGAAGCGUUCUCAUGCAUGGAAGAUGAAAAUGUAAUGAAGAGGUGUCAUAAGUUAUUGUUGGAAGACAAAUAUAAAGAUUUGACAAUACUAUCAAUUGGACAUUUGGAUUGGGAAAUAAAUAAAUAUGAUUAUAUGAUAAAAUUAACCGGUGAUGACGAUAGAAAUUAUGAAAUUUAUAAAGUAGAACAUAAAAUAAAUUAA